AUGAACUAUAUCCCUGAGCAACUUCAAACCAAAUUAAUUAGAGCCAGGAAUGCCUUCUGUCCACAGCAGCCAUCAGUGACAAUGUAUGGUGACAUGGUGCCAAAGACAAUAGCUGGCAAGAUUUUUGGUUCAAUAUGCUCCCUGAGUGGGGUCUUGGUCAUUGCUCUGCCAGUUCCUGUAAUUGUCUCCAACUUCAGCCGUAUAUACCACCAGAAUCAACGAGCAGACAAGCGCAGGGCACAAAAGAAAGCCAGGCUUGCUCGAAUUCGUGCGGCAAAGAGUGGGAGUGCUAACGCCUACAUGCAGAGCAAACGAAAUGGCUUGCUGAGUAACCAGCUGCAGCAGUCCUCCACUGAAGAAGAACAGGCCUUUGUUGGCAAAGCUGGCUCUUCCUUUGAAACACAGCACCACCACCUGCUUCACUGCCUGGAAAAAACUACGAACCACGAGUUUGUGGAUGAGCAAGUCUACGAAGAGAGCUGUAUGGAGGUUUCUACAGUCAACAGACCUCCAAGCCACAGCCCCUCCAUUUCAUCUCAACAAGGUGUCACCAGCACUUGCUGCUCACGAAGACAUAAAAAGACUUACCGCAUCCCGAACACCGCCAUCGCUGGCAGCCGCCCAGGCAGUGUACAAGAGCUCAGCACCAUCCAGAUCAGAUGUGUGGAGAGGACACCACUGUCUAACAGCCGUUCCAGCUUAAACGCCAAAGUGGAAGAGUGUGUUAAACUAAACUGUGAGCAGCCUUAUGUCACUACAGCAAUAAUCAGCAUCCCGACACCUCCGGUCACCACACCUGAAGGAGAUGAUAGGCCAGACUCUCCUGAGUAUUCAGGAGGAAACAUUGUCAGAGUAUCUGCUUUAUAAAAUAAGGAAUUAUUUAUAAAUUAUCAUAAAGACCACUUGCAAGCUGAGCUCAAGCAAUGAAAAACGAGUCGUGAGGAAUGAGAGAGCUGACAAAGAAAAUACCCCUUGACGAGUGUGCCAGCGGACACAGAGCAAGAGGUUCGGGAGAAACAAAACACUUUGUGGGUGUUGGUGUCAUAGGGUGUGAACCAAAAGGAGUUUCUUACCCCUUGUCCGAACUGAUGUGUGGUGGAAUCUUCUGUGACCAUCCUGACUUAUUAUAUGAGCACAAUGAAAUGUCCCCAUUGAUGCUUCUUCUUAUCAUGAAAGCUCUUUUUAGAAAAAAACACAAACGAAAAAAUAGAAACCUGUGUUCCUGCUGAAUGCAAAACAAGGAAAAACAUUUUGAUAACCUGUCUUUUUUUUUCCCUGUGAAUAAACCACAAACUUGUUGAGGAACUGUAAAAAAAUGAACGAAAAAAUGCUCAUAUGAAAUAUGUUUGUACUGACUGAAAGAACUACAACCAUAAUGCAUGCUGAAAUUAUUUGGAGCUGUGAUCUCAGUUUACUUUUGUUGUUUUUCAGAUUAGGCAUGAUAAAAUAUUACUGUAGAAAGGGGCAUUUCCGUGCACUUACAACAAGCUGAUUGUUAAUGUUCCAUGGUAGUUGUACAAAUAACUUCCCUUUUGAAAAAUGCAGUAUUUCUUACUCAAACACUCAUUAGUGAACUAAAGGUGUUCAGUUAGUUCAAUAUUUACUAUUGUUUUAUCUUGCUUCCUAGGUACUGUUACAACUGCAAUAAGUCAUUGUACACCUGUUGUAUCAGGAAUCAGGAUUUGUUUUUAAGGUAUUUUACACAACUUCAUCUACACUAAAAAUUUCUAAUGGCAAACAUUUACAUAAUCUUACAGCCAAACUGUGCACCACAAAUGUGCUGUUCAGUCAUUGUUCUUUUUGUCCACUAUUCUUUAUUUCUAUGACAGUUUGUUGCCCCCUCCAACAUCACCGUACCAUUUGGGAUUUCAGGGCUACUGAUGAAAUCAACACAGUCCUUUCUUCCACAGACAUCUUGUCUACUUCUGUAUUUUCAGAACAAACCUCUCGUCUCAGUGUACUGCCACAGGAUCAAUCCUAUUUAAAUUAAAAUUACCACAAAGGUGUUUUUGGGAUCAGCUAACAAUUAUCUCCAAACCUUCCUUGCUCAUAUUCUGCAGCAUCCAGAGUACUAGCUACACUGGAAGACACUGAAAGACAUUCAGUAAAAAUGAUGGCUAAAUUCUUUUUGUAAUUAUCUGUAAACUUACAUCUUAAAACUUGUUUGAGAAUUUAUAUUGUGUGAAAAACAUUUAAUUACCUAAGAACAAUGAUAGAAUAAUUGAUUGAGUCUCAAAGCUAUAAAAGUAUAAUUUAUUUCAAUUGGAAUUUGCCUACAUGGACAGGCCUAAAAGCUAAUAUGAAGGCUUUACGAGUUAAGGCUUUUUGGCUUCAUUUUUAAAAGACAAUGAUAUUAUCAGAAACCCUUCUGAUAAAAAAGCAUAAUUUUUCUUCAUGAGAGUAUGUUAGAUGUGUCAUAAUGCUUCUUAUAUUCAUGACAUACCAUACAUCAUAUACAUCAAAUAUACAUGGAAUAUGUGCAUAUCAAUACAUACAUAUAUACAUCAAAAACACUGGAUCAGAAAUAAUUGCAUGUCUGCAAAGUAAAAUAUGCAUAUAAAUCAAAAGGCUCAGUGCAUUAGAUGCCAUUACAAUAAAUGAUUAACACAGUUAUUUAAUAGUUUGAGUAGUGUAUGUUUCAGUAUAGUAUUUGCUAGCAUUCUACUGACCUGAAAAUUUACAUUAAGAGAAAAUACCCACUAAAAACUGAAACUUGCUGAUGAUACACUUUUUAUUGCACACAAAUGCUGGUCUUUCAGACAUUGAAGAGUAGAUGAUGGACUAUCAUGCUACAGUAUAUACACCAAAAUACAACAAUGUCACAUAUUAGAAUUAAACUGCAAGUAAAAAGAGUAGAUAAUGCCAUUCAUUACUCUUUUAUCAUUUACUUAUUUUGAAGCUUGGUUAAUUUGCAGUUACCUUCUCACUAUUUUUGCAAAUCAGAGUAACUUACUUAUUGUAAACUGAGCUUCUAUAUUUCUUUCAAACUUUAGCAGAGAACAAAAGCACAGGCUGUCCUCUGAGCCAGAGGAGGAGCACUCCUGAGGAACCCUGCCCGAGUUCAUUAUCUGGCAUUGCUCUCCUCUCUUCCACCCCAUUAGAAAACUGCAGUAGGUCUGCUGAAGCUGGUACGUUACAUAAACUUUAGUGGGGUUUAAAGGAGAGGCAGAACACAUUCAGUUUUUACUUGCAUCCUACUUCUACCCAUGGUUACUCAUACUUGGUCCCCACCUUUUGCCAAACAGUUAUUGAUAUAAAAACUGCCUUGAUGUUAGCAAUCUGCAAAAACUUCUUUAUGCCACAUGGUACUUCAUGACUAGCUAUAUCAGCUAAAUAAUGCAAAAAGGCAGUUACUAAACCUACUUUGGUACAGUCUAGAUACAACCCAGGAAACCUACUGACUCCAUCAGGUCAUGUGUCUUUUAAAAGCUCUUUAUUCUCCUUUUCAUAGGCACUAGAAAGAACACACUACAGCAAUACACUUGCAUAACAGUUAUACCCCUGAAGCAACAUGUACUUUCAUUUUUAAAACGCAGCUUAAGAGAUAAUUUAGUAAGAUUUUGCAGAAUUCCAGUCCUGUCUCCUAUUUCCAUAUGUCACAUGCAAAGCCAUUAAUUUAUUCUGAAUUUCGGAAAUACACUUUUUUUUUGGUGUUUUAGGUGAUUUAAAUACUGUUUUGGUAGUGAAUGACUGUUGAUGACUGUGUAAAAUGCAUCUGUACUGUACAUGAAAUGUAAUUAUUUCUGUGUAUCAUACAAAGAAACUGAGGUUGUUGUUUUGACAAUUUUGUUUGACAGUCAUAUAUCGUAUUUCAGAAGGCAGCAUAAUACACGUGUUAUGCUGAAUAAAUAGACAUUUGAGGAAUACUUAAAUAAAACAUCUGCAUGCUUGAAUGGGUCAA